CUCUGCUUCUACUGAAUUAAAAUCUCCGAGAGCCGCCAAGGCUCUGGGAGUUUGACAAAACUGUCCUUGCUCUUUCUGCAUUUGCCCAGUCAAGGGUGUCUUUGCCCGAGGUUGGAGAGAUGCUAGGCAGUCCAGCCCCAGCCUCCCAGCUCCCAGUGGCCGCCUGCUCCUCAGACCUGACGGACUCAGAAGGCGCUUAUGCUCAAUGGUUGAUGCACUGCCCAUCCUCAUCCCCUAUGAGCCUUGGUUCUAAUGCAACCUGUGGUCAUGCAGGCAUGCCCUUACACCUUCCCACGAUGUCAUGAGUGGCGGGCAGCUGACCCGUUCCAUCACAGCAGCAGCCUCUGCAGUGCCUGCCCCCAGCUUCAGGUUAGAGCUGCUGCCACCUCCCCUGCACCUCCUCAGGAUGGCGCUGGGCUUUCCUGCCUAAGACCAAAGCUGUUCAACGGGUCUGUUGGUGCUGCUGGACAUCUAGAACCACCAGCCAUGAAUUUGUGUUGGAAUGAAAUCAAGAAGAAGUCUCACAACCUCCGCGCUCGCCUAGAGGCCUUCUCAGACCACAGUGGAAAGCUUCAGCUCCCUCUCCAAGAGAUUAUUGACUGGCUCAGCCAAAAGGAUGAGGAACUGUCCGCUCAGCUGCCCCUACAAGGGGAUGUGGCCCUGGUGCAACAGGAGAAGGAGACACAUGCGGCCUUUAUGGAAGAUGUCAAGUCUCGGGGUACCUAUAUCUACUCUGUGCUGGAGUCAGCUCAGGCCUUCCUGUCCCAGCACCCAUUUGAGGACUUAGAGGAGCCUCCUUUGGAGAGCAAAGAUACCUCACCCAGACAGCGGAUCCAGAAUCUUAGCCGCUUUGUGUGGAAGCAGGCGACAGUGGCCAGUGAACUAUGGGAGAAGCUGACAGCCCGCUGUGUGGACCAGGACCGCCACAUCGAGCGCACUCUGGAGCAGCUGUUGGAGAUCCAAGGGGCAAUGGAGGAACUAAGCACUACUCUGACCCAGGCUGAGGGAGUCCGAGCCACUUGGGAGCCCAUUGGGGAUCUCUUCAUUGAUUCACUCCCUGACCACAUCCAGACUCUUAAGCUAUUCAAAGAAGAAUUCUCCCCCAUGAAAGAUGGAGUGAAGUUGGUGAAUGACCUGGCCCAUCAGCUUGCCAUUUCUGAUGUACACUUGUCAAUGGAGAAUUCUCGGGCCCUGGAGCAGAUAAACAUCCGGUGGAAACAGCUACAGGUAUCAGUUGGCGAGAGGCUUAAGCAGCUGCAGGAUGCCCACCGGGACUUUGGGCCUGGGUCACAGCACUUCCUCUCCUCCUCUGUCCAGGUUCCCUGGGAAAGAGCAAUUUCACCCAAUAAAGUUCCCUACUAUAUCAACCACCAGGCUCAGACCACAUGCUGGGACCAUCCCAAGAUGACCGAGUUAUACCAAACCCUGGCUGAUCUGAACAACAUUAAGUUCUCAGCCUACCGCACUGCCAUGAAGCUACGCAGAGUCCAGAAGGCACUGCGCUUGGACCUGGUAACUUUAACCACAGCUCUGGAGAUCUUCAAUGAGCAUGAUCUGCAAGCCAGUGAGCAUGUGAUGGACGUGGUGGAGGUCAUUCACUGCCUGACUGCCUUAUAUGAACGGCUGGAGGAGGAGAGAGGCAUCCUGGUCAAUGUGCCUCUCUGUGUGGACAUGAGCCUCAACUGGCUCCUCAAUGUUUUUGACAGUGGUCGCAGUGGAAAAAUGCGGGCGUUGUCUUUUAAGACUGGCAUCGCAUGCCUGUGUGGCACAGAAGUAAAGGAAAAACUGCAGUACCUCUUCAGCCAAGUCGCCAACUCAGGCAGCCAGUGUGACCAACGCCACCUUGGUGUCCUGCUUCAUGAGGCCAUUCAAGUGCCUCGUCAGCUGGGGGAAGUGGCAGCCUUUGGAGGCAGCAAUGUGGAGCCCAGUGUCCGUAGUUGCUUCCGUUUUAGCACUGGGAAGCCAGUCAUUGAAGCUUCACAGUUCCUGGAGUGGGUCAACUUGGAGCCCCAAUCCAUGGUAUGGCUGGCUGUUCUGCAUCGGGUCACCAUUGCUGAGCAAGUGAAGCAUCAGACCAAGUGCUCUAUCUGUAGGCAGUGCCCCAUCAAGGGCUUCAGGUACCGGAGUCUGAAACAAUUUAACGUGGACAUCUGCCAGACCUGCUUCUUGACAGGCAGGGCCAGCAAAGGCAACAAGCUACACUACCCCAUCAUGGAGUAUUACACCCCGACCACAUCCAGUGAGAACAUGAGGGACUUUGCCACAACCUUAAAGAACAAAUUCCGCUCAAAGCAUUAUUUCAGCAAACACCCUCAGCGAGGUUAUCUGCCUGUGCAAUCAGUGCUGGAGUCUGACUACAGUGAGACGCCGGCUUCUUCCCCGAGGUUGCCACAUGCUGACACACACUCCCGCAUUGAGCAUUUUGCCAGCAGGCUUGCUGAGAUGGAAAGUCAGAAUUGCUCCUUCUUUAAUGACAGCCUGUCCCCAGAUGACAGCAUAGACGAGGACCAGUACCUGCUACGGCACUCCAGUCCCAUUACAGACCGGGAGCCAGGCUUCGGACAACAGUCUCCAUGCAGCAUGGUCACAGAAAGCAAGGGAGAGCUAGAGAAGAUCCUGGCCCACUUAGAGGAUGAGAAUCGGAUUCUCCAGGGAGAGCUGAGACGCCUAAAGUGGCAGCAUGAGGAGGCUGCUGAGGCACCCACCCUGGCCGAGGGCUCUAUUGAGGUGUCACAGGACCACCGCAAUGAAGAGCUUCUGGCCGAGGCCCGGAUCCUUCGGCAGCACAAGAGCCGCCUGGAGACACGCAUGCAGAUCCUUGAAGACCACAACAAGCAGCUAGAAUCCCAGCUGCAGCGCUUAAGGGAGCUGCUCCUGCAGCCACCCACCGAAUCAGAUGGCAAUGGCUCUGCAGGCUCGUCCCUAGUUUCAUCUCCACAGCAGUCGGAAGGUAGUCACCCCCAGGACAAGGGACGGACUACUCCAGACACUGAGGCUGCAGAUGAUGUGGGGUCAAAGAGCCAAGACGUUAGCCUGUGCUUGGAGGACAUCAUGGAGAAACUCCGCCAUGCCUUCCCCAGUGUGCGAAGCUCUGAUGUGACUGCCAACACCCUGCUGGCCUCUUGAUGGAGCCAGAUCCCCAUCCUGUCAUCCCUAGUCCUCUCCCAGUUCUGGUCAAAGACUUCCCUCAGCCUUCACCCAACCUUUCCAGUCCCUACUGGCCCCACAAUUCUCAGCCAGAGUUAUUUGGGCUCUGGGCAGCAGCAGGGAUCUGGUGGUAUGUGAGGUGGGUGUGUGGGGGCCAGGGGAGACACAAAUGCUGUGGGUUUGCCCUUUAGCUGGCCAGGGGAGGGAGAGGCAUGUUUCCUCUGACUCUAGAAAUGUGCCCUUUAAUCCUGAAGUUUGAGACCAAUCCCUCAAGUUCGCUUCUGCUGCAGCCCAGGCAAAUAGCACUUGGAGGCUAUUCGGAUGGGGAGAAGGGAAGCUGCCUUGCAGAGCUAAGCAGUGCCCGCUGGCGCCUUUCCUUCUCCAUGGAAUCGUGGUGAUUGGGAAGCCUAAUGACCCCAGGGUUCCAGCACUAUGAAUCCAUAGGAGUUAGCCCGACUCUCUAGCCCAACUCAGGGAGGUAAAAGGGUAUCCCCGAGACACACCCUCUCCACCAAUGUGCCCCUGAAAAAAUCUGGGCAGCAUGUGUCAUGUUGCUUCAGCUCGAGGGCAUAUCUCUAGCCAUCCUGAUGCUACCUAGAUGUUGUUUCAUCCUCGAAUAUCUUCAGUUCCUCUUCCUCAUUCCCUGGCAGACCGUCCUCAAGGCGAGAGCAGUUCAUUCUGAUUUCUAUUUCCACUUUACAUUUGAAAACGUCAAAGGAAUACUUAGAUUCUUUUCCCCUGAUCCUCCUCUUUCCUGAGGGCCUCAGCAUCCUGAGAGAUUAGCUGAAGCCCCUUGGCUCUUCUGAGUCUGUGCUCCAGCCCUGGGGGAGGACCAGCUGCUUGCUUAGCAAGGGGGUAUUUCCUUGGAUGAAGAGGGAAAGCCACCCACUAACUUGGAGGAGUGUGACUGUCCAACACCCUUGCUUCUUUUAGAAGCAGGGUGUGACCUUUGUUCCUUUUAGAUUGAAUCAGAGGAGGUAGCUGAUUGUCCCUAGCUGAUCAUAAGGCAGAUGCAACAGGCCACCCUGAAUAGCAGCCCCUUCCUAGGAGCCACUGGCCACUUUCCACCCAGGCGACAGCAGGGUCUUCCUUUGUGUAAAACUGUCCUCUCUAACUCUGGAAGGUGAACCCAACCCUCAAACUGCACUAAUUCUUCCUAAGCAACAUAUACCAUGAUCCCUUUCUCCAGAAACUGUUCAGAGUACAUAGCAGGUGAAGGAGGGAGUGGGCUUGGGAGCUUUGAACAGAGUCAGAGCCCACUUAGGCAGCUUUCUAUGAAAAGCUUUUUAACCUAGAACCCUGCAACUGACUUCAUUUGCCUAAGUUUAUAUACAUACAUUUCUAUCCUACAUAUCUACUGUCCACUAGUACUCCCCUGGCCUCACUCACACAUUAAAUUCUAAUAGCUCUUGAAGUAUUAAUGUUCUGCCUUGCUCUUUGUUAGCCCAAGCCUCUGGUUGAACAGAUAGAUGCGUCCUGACUGCUCCCCUGGGAUGUCUCUCCAUUCAUGUUUGGGGUGAGCUGUCUUCAAAACCAAAGCCUGUGGCCACAGAGAAAUCAAACAGGAAGAGUCACUCUCUUUUCUUCAUUCACUCCAAAUCCUGUUCCCUUGAGACCUGGGCCUUGGAUGAAUUUUCCUGGGCUCCCUAAACAAUGGUUCAGGUACAAAAAUAGAGCAAAUCAAGGCUUGACUCACCCCAUACAGAAAAGAAGAAAGAAAUAGGCUUUUAUUAUUACAUCUUCUAACCCAUUCCAGUUCUUAAGUCUGGCUCAGGGCCAUAAAGAAAGCUGCGGUUGCCACUGAGGUCAGGAGGGUGUGAGGUGGUUUGGGGUGCUGUGUUUUAAUGAAGCAGUGAGCCAGUGGGUAGAACUGCUGGGAAACUAGAUUUAUCUGCUACAGGGGAGGGAGGGCAGCAGCUUGGGUCCAAAAGCCUGGAUUGCCUCCUUCUAGAACCACCAGGGGGCACUAAGCCAUAGGUCCAACAUGUCAGACCUCCUCACAACACGUGCCUUAGUGCUCCCGAGGUCUCUGGCAGGAACACUUGGGUAUCUGGAUGUAUGAUGAGCAGGUGUUAGGGCAUCAAACGCACAGCUUGGGCAUCUGCCUGUGAGUGGGGGAAAGCUAUAUCCGUAGGGGCCUAGAUUGGGGGCAGGAAUGCGAUAGAAAAAAUUUGCUAUAGAACAGACAGCUCAGAGUCUUUGAGGCAUGCCUGCUUAAGCCUUAGGAGGGUAGAUGUUAUGAAACAAUCUUUUACCAGGAAAGUCCUGGAAAAUCCUUUCUGUAACCCCCACUCCACUCAAGAGAUCUUAGGCUGCUGAGGGCCUGUGGCAACUGCAGUGGGCCAGGCAUGGGAGGAAAGAUGCAGAUUUUGUUAUGUAGGAUUUGUGCUGUAGGUGGACCGAAGCAGCAGGUCAAGAGUUGAAUUCUCAUUAACAGGGUCAUAGACAUUUUGUAGUCCUGUGUUUACCUUAAUGCCCAGGGUGAGUACAGGCAUACCUCGUUUUGUUGUACUGGGUUUUAUUGUGCUUCACAGAUGUUGCGUUUUUUACAAAUUGAAGGCAAGACUGUCCACCAGCAAAAAGAUUACAACUCCCUUUAUUGUGGUGUUCUGGAACUGAACCUGAAAUAUCUCGAGGUAUGCUUGUAUAUCACUCAAGGGUCCAGUGACAGUCACUGCGGCAUGUGCGGGCAGUUUGCCUGCCGCAGUCAGGUACUGGUAAAUGGAUCCUUGGGCACUGUGAAUACAAAACAGGGUGGGGUUAACUGAGAUGUGUCGUAUGUUGUUCGGCAUCUGUUAUGUGUCGUGUCUCCUAGAGGCCUCGUGUGUGAUGCUGUGCAGUUUAUGGCCCUGUACUGGAAGUAUGGUGAGGGGAGUUGCUGGGUAGGCAACCUGAGGAAAACCUCAGACGUGUGGGGUUAACAUCUGUGAUAAAGAAUGUGUUUGCGGAGGUUGUUGUCAAACUGUUAGGGAACAGUUAAUAUUGAUAGGCGAUUUAUUCUCGGCAGAAUCUGAUAAAGGCCAAAAAGCCAUUAUGAGGGUGCCUCUGCUUAAAGCGAGAGCGGAAUGGAGUCACAUUGAGUGGGAAAUUGUUAGGGGAGGCUGACUGGCUGUAUGGUUCCCUAGGGAGGGCCCUACCCAGGAGGACAUGUGCCCUUCCCUCCAGAAUGGAAAGGCUGAAAUCCGGGCUCUCAAGUACCCAUUUACUUCAAGGCUCAAAGUUUGGAAAUAUUUUCUUGCACAGAAAACUGUUUGAGUUCUCGUGCUCCAGGAACUGGGCUGGCAGACCUGCAGUAAUGAGAAACCCUGGGACCAGACAGAGGCCAAUCCUGGGAGAUGUUUUGCCUCCAGACUCAUUUUAAGGAAUGCCCAGACUGCCUGAGGUGUGUGUUUGGGAUCUGGGCUCCAUAUCCACCUUCAGGCUAGUGUUCCUUCAACACACAUUCUCACUGGCAGACUUAUGGCUUCUGAGAAUAUUUCAGGCCAAGAAGCUCAUCAAACUUCCUUUGACAUAUGUGACAGAUAACCAAGAAAGUAGCUGUCUUAAGAGGAGCAGCCCAAGAGAGAAACUGGGGGCUUUGCUCUAGGGUUAUGGAGACUUAGCUGUUCAGUGAGGCACCUGUAUCUCCGGGCCUCCCUGCCAAAAUCCAGCCCUGGAAACAAAGGAAUACUUCAGCUCCUUCUUACUCUUUUAACACCAACGCUGUGGAAGAAGGAGAGGCUCAAGGCCAGGGCUCAGCUCCCAGCCUCCAUCUCCUCCCGCAGCUGCUGCAUUUGGGGGGAAGGGACCUGCUGAAUGUCCUUGCUGUCCCCAGGGCAGUAUUGAGGCCAGACUGAAGCCCACUUUGCUGCUUGCUGGCUGCAAGAACUGGUCACGAGGAUGGAAGCUGGAGAAGGGAUUCCGGGGAGGUGGUAAGGGUGGUACAUAAAGUCUAGAUGUCUAGGAGUAAGAGGCAAGGCUGGAAACAAAUUGAUUAACUUUCAUUGCCACUCACUGUGGUGCUUGUCCUCUUUCCCUUGGAUUGCUUUGAAAAGAAUAAAUUUGUAUUUGUUCACUUUG